AUGACUGAUGGACCAGUGCAAGAGAUGAUGGCGCGCAAUCGCAAGUUUUCUCAAGAUUACAAAGCCCCGCCUGGAUUGAUGCAAAUGGUCUCUAUAAUGAAAGCUUCUGGGACGGGCGUGGUGGUACUAUGCUGUUCAGACCCUCGUCUAAAUCCUUACCAGAUAUUGGGCAUCGAUUCAACGUUGAAAGCGACCAUGGUGCGAAAUGCUGGUGGCAGAGCUUUCGACGCUAUUCGAACCCUGUCGGUCUUGCAGACUAUAGGCGAUCCAGGCACUAUUGUUGUCAUGCAUCACACAGACUGUGGCUUGACCCAUUUCCAUGACGCCGACAUCAAAAAGGCGCUACUAGAUAUCGCGCCGCACGAGCAGGGGUUGAUUGAGGCUUCUGACUUUGGAGAAAUUACUGGCAGCAUCGAGGAUAGUGUGCGAGAAGAUAUUGCCAUUCUCAAGGCUUCUCCAUUGAUAAAAAAGAGUGUCAAGUUCAUUGGUCUUAAAUACGAUAUCAAUACUGGGCUCUUGACAGAGCUUCCAGAAAACAAGGUACUUUGA